AUGAUUUCGAGGUUGUUGCUGGGGGCCCUGGAUGCUUGGCAACUGUUGCCCCACGCAUUGCUGCUCCAUCUUACAUUCGAUCGCUCAGAUCAACGUCAGGAUCUCACACGCCAGGAAGCAGCCGAGUGGCAUCGAGGGCGAGCCGAGCUGGCCGGCCUGUCUAUGCCGUAUGACAUUUCAAUACUAUUGCGAUCGACUUCCACUACUCUUCCAAUAGUGUCGUGGCAGAAUCACGGCGUUUGCAUCUCGUGCGGUCGCCGGCGCAAGAUGUGCAAAUGCAUGACCGACUUGAGCGGCCUGAAGCGAGCAGCCGUCACCCUAGCGGCAGCGGCAACGGCAACCAUGGGAAAACGUCAUUCUCAGAUGCUUUUGAAUCUCACGACAUUAAACACUUGGACACCGCGCUUAUCGGCAGCAGGAUCCAUAGCGAUGGAAGUUUUAGCCACGCCGCGCAAACCGCAAUCUAUCUUCAGCUUUCCAUACAGGCCGGGGGUACCACCAAGUGCUGUGCAGCGAAUGAGAGGCUGCUGUGCCACUUUGACGUCCUUAUUGGCAGUCAGCUAUCCCUCGCGUACGGCAUGA